GAGCUGCAAUAUAAUUCCAAAGAAGAAGAACGGAUGAGUCGACAAGGGCAGAGAAAUACAAUAACGGUGCCGACCCAACGGAGUUGUUGCUUUUUAUUCGAUUGAUUCAAUUUAAAUUAAAACGAAUUCGUUGCAGAAUUACCAAGUUUGACACGAAUAGAGGGGAAGAUAACACCCGAAAGGCGCAUCUUUAGAUGUUUCUUGUCAAGGCAGGUUUACGGACAGCUGUAUUAUUUGGAGGGCGCCCUAGUGACAUUAGCUAGCUAGGCUAUGUAACUGUUUCUGUGACGCCGACUGACUUCUAUGUUAUUGUUAACGUUUAAUGUUUUUUUUGUGUGUAUUCGUCCACGAUUUGCGUUUACUGGGAGUAGUGAGCGAGUUUCUCUGGAUGUAGGCUAUACCAACGAGGUUUUCUCCCAGGAUCAUCUUGCCAAAGCAGGCCAGAGUUGCUACUUUGUUUCAUUUUUUUUGCAGUCAGUAGGCUAUCAGUGUUUGAGAAUCUCCACCUAACUUCCCCACUUUGGAUUGACGCUUGAAACAUUGUUGACCUUCUGUCACAAGCUGCUAAAACGCGGACCCGGUUACGUUGUAACCUGAAGGGCAUCUCAUUGAUAAGAAACCGUACGUAUCUGUUCUGUAACUGCUGUGAUAACGUUUCGCUUUGAUAUAUAUAUAUUUUUACUAGGCUUAACUCUAUUAAUAGUCACUCUGUAGCUAGUAAGAGUCUAAACGCCCUCGGACCUCUGUACGUUGACAUUCUGCCUCCGCAAAUCCCCCCUGACGAGUGUGUUUGCAUUCGUGUGUCAUCACAGCACUGUCAUGCUGCUGUCUCACUCCGACCUAUGGAAAGUGUGUUUGGAGAACAUCUACAGACCCUACACGGUGGUCCUCGCCACCAUCACCGCUGCCCUGUACUACCUCUGGGGCCGUGAGGGCCAGACACCAGUCCUGGUGUGUAGCGAUGCAUUCCGUGUGUUCCUACAGAGGCACUGCCCCGUGGUGGCUGAGCCCUUCAGCCCUACUCCCUGGUGCUGGGGAGGCCGGCUGCAGACACUGGUCAGAGUGCUCAUCAAGUCCAGCCCCCAGGUCGACUACAGGAAUGAGUUGAUCAGGACGGCUGACGGAGGUCAGAUCUCUCUGGACUGGGUAGAUAAUGGGGACAGCGCUGCCUACCCAGAAUGCUACUCUCGUCCCACAGUGCUCAUCCUGCCGGGCCUCACAGGGAACAGUCGUCAAACCUACGUCCUCCACGCCGUCAGCCAAGCCACCCGCCGCGGAUACAGAUGUGUGGUCUUCAACAAUAGAGGGUUUGGAGGAGAAGAACUACUGACCCCAAUGACCUUCUGUGCGGCGGACACCUCGGACCUGGAGCGGGUGGUCCUCCAUGUCAGAGAACUCUUCCCACAAGCCCCUCUGCUGGGCACCGGCGUGUCUCUGGGAGGCAUGCUCUUGUUGAACUACCUGGCUCGUAAGGGUAGUGAGGCAGGGCUUGUUGCCGGCCUCACAAUGUCUGUCAGCUGGGACACCCUGGAGUCCUGUGCCUCGCUGGAACAACCAAUCAACCGCCUGAUCUUCAACCGACACCUCGCCAGCAACCUGUGCCAAGCCAUUAACAGACACAGGAAGAUGUUGGAGACUGUGGUGGAUGUGGACCAUGUACUAAAGGCACGUACUAUCCGGGAGUUUGACGAGCGCUACACGUCAGUCUUGUUUGGCUAUAAGUCCUGUCUGGACUACUACCAGGAGGCCAGCCCAAACUACAAGCUUCCCAGGACGACAGUGCCCAUUCUCUGCCUCAAUGCGGCCGACGACCCCUUCUCCCCCAAACAUGCUCUCCCGGUGGCCCUAGCCAAGCGCCUGCCUAACGUAGCGCUGUUGGUGACGUCCCACGGUGGACAUAUAGGCUACCUGGAGGGCCUUUACCCGCGUGGGGAGGGCUACAUGGACCGCCUGUUCGGCCAGUUCAUUCAGGCAGCCUUCGAUCACCCAGGGGACCUCAAAGGGGCCUGCAGCAUCAAGGAAGAGCUUCUGGAUUGACCUCAGACAACCUGGUCAUGUGAUUCGGUCCUGAUUGUUCUGCGACUGACCGAUUUUUAACCUCACCGGCAUUACCACCCUCUCUUCUUUUUCAUCUCAGGUGCUUAUCCGUCGACCAAUCAGACAGUUUAAUGCAAUAGACACUCUGACAUCAUGUAGGUAGGGACUUACAGACGGAUGCCUUAUAUUACUACACACAGAAUGAGAAUAUCUGGUCUUAAACCCAGUAACUCUUCAUAAGUUUAGUGUUUCAAAUGACUUACUGUUGAAAUGAAUCUGGCACAAAAGCCGUCACCCUACUCUCCGACAGUGUCUCGGGGUGAGUGGGAUAUGCAAAAUGACACAUCCAUUCACCCACACACUGUACAGGUUACACACUUGUACAUGUGUGAAACAAGACAAAUAUAAGCACCCCCCCUCUAUUUGACUUUUUGAAUUUCACCCUUACUAUUUCCUGUCAUAAUAAAUCACAUUGGCUUAGACGAUGUAAACAAGGACAUGAAUAGAUCACUCGCAUUGUCUUCAAAAAGACAAGAAAGGGAAACGUUCAUUUAAAAUAUUUCCCCUUGAACUGAUGUUUAAUUAUGACUAAAGCAACUGAUUAUGUUAGAAGAAUAUACUUAGCUUAUCACACAACACACAAAUACUGGAAAAACUUGAAUGAAAAGUUUAUUUUAAUCUUUAAUAUAUAUAUAUAUUAGUCAUGUCAUGAACUUGUUCUCAACUUGCCUACCUGGUUAAAUAAAGGUGAAAUAAAAAUAAAAUAAAUAAAAAUGUGAUUAUAAUAGUGGUUAGCAUACACAAUAAAAAUACAUGGAAAUGUCUAUGUAUAACGUACUGCAGUUAAUACUUCUAUAUCAUGUUGGUCAAGUAAAUUUAAAUUUAGGAGAUAAUUGAAAUUUCAGUUAAGUGGAAGUACAAUUUAUUUUCAAUUAGGAUUUUUUUCAUUGAAUUGGAAUUUUGAUUCACAUCCAGAUUUGACUGAACUGAAAUUGAAUUUUGACCUCAUCUGAUUCCACCACAAAGAGAACAGAUAAAAUAUUUUGAACAUGAAGGAAUGUUGUUAUAAAAUAUACACGGUAUAUGUUCCGUAUCUGUGUAAAGGCUAUAUCGGAGAAUGUAUCAAAUGCAAACUGUCUAAGACUUGCCUUACCGUUGGUCGUAUCUCAGCCCAGACAGUGUGUUUGACAAAGUAGUAUUUUUAUCAUCAAAAGUGUUGGAGAUUGUUUUUGACUUUCUUGCAACAUCCAAACCCAAGUUGGUAGGUCUAUGAUGAAGUUUUUCACAAUUCCAUUUCAAAACCAUCUGGGAUUUCCCACACAUUCCACAACAUAGUUGUGUGUACGUUCAUGUGCAUGAUAUGACACAGAAAAUCUAUAUCUUUAUUUACCUAUAAAUUACUGUACACAUUAGGCAAAUUGCUAUCAGAAAUGUAUGCUGGCUGUCCUCUUGGUUUACAAAUACAAGUGUAAAAUCCCCGAUUGUUUCAUUUGGACCAGUACCACUAUACUAGCUAUGCUAUUUUAAAUACAGCCUAUGUUUGAUAAUUAUUCUUUUGAUUUUUGGUUGUUUAUUUGAUUUGCAGUAUUUUGUUAAACUGAGGAUGCACAUAAAGCUCUGAGAUUGUCUAAAUUAUAAUCACAUUUAAGAUGCCGUGUAGGCUCUGACCUUUCCCAAGGACUAAACUAUUUAAUUGGAUGUGGGUACAAGGGUGAGUGACAACUCAGUGGUUUAAACCUAGGGAAAGCUCACAUUUGACUUUAUUUCUUAGUUCUGGACGAUUGUCUCACGCUUUGACCUUGUUUGAAAUUUGCACACAAUUGUAAAAGUUUGAGUAAAUCUGUUUUAUGAUUAUGGACUAUACUGUACAGAAUGUCUUGUGGUGAUGUAACAGUUAUCGGUAAUAUUGCACAAUGUGUGUCAUGACAAAUGUGUGUCAUGACAAUGGAUCAACGAUGUCUGUCUGUUUGUCUAUCUUGCACUGAGUCACUGACUAAAGUAGUUACGGUAAAACAGGAAGAUGGUGUGAUGUUGUUUUUAUGACGCUGCCAUGACGAUCACCAGCAGUACCCUCCUCUCCCAUCACCACCCUAUUAACUCUUAUACAUGUGUUAUUACUCAGUAAUAACAGCCGCUGGGACAAGACUGCCUGGACCUUGGGGGGGGGGGAAGGCCCAACAUACACCACUAUACCUGCUGCACUGCAAUGAUAAUGUGAUUGCAAUAAUAAUCUAUUGUAACUUUUUUGUGACCUUCUGUUGUUACCAUGCCACUAAUUUAAAUAUUUUAUCUGUAUUCCUUAAUAAAAACAAAAACAGUUGUUA